AUGGGUGCAUGUUGCAGCUGCUUGUCAUCCAAAAAUGGUGACAGCAAAUAUCCACCACUCCUAUUGGCGGAGAAUGAACGUGAGGCCAUAUCUGCUCUCUUGCAGUAUCUAGAGAAUAGAUCUGAUGUUGACUUUUUCAGCAACGGACCUUUAAGGUCUUUACUGACAUUGGUGUACUCAGAAAACAUUGACCUCCAGAGAAGUGCUGCUUUAGCUUUUGCAGAAAUCACAGAGAAAGACGUACGAGAGGUUAAUCGAGACGUGUUGGAGCCCAUUUUAAUUCUCUUGCAAUCCAACGAUACGGAAGUACAGAGGGCAGCGUGUGGGGCAUUAGGCAAUUUGGCGGUUAACAAUGAAAACAAGACUCUCAUUUCAGAAAUGGGUGGUAUCGAACCUCUCAUUCGACAAAUGAUGUCUUCCAAUAUCGAGGUUCAGUGUAACGCUGUGGGAUGUAUCACUAAUUUGGCCACACAGGAUGAAAACAAAUCCAAAAUAGCCAAGAGUGGUGCUUUGAUUCCUUUAACCAAGUUGGCAAAAUCCAAAGAUAUCCGUGUUCAAAGGAAUGCCACCGGUGCUUUGUUGAAUAUGACCCAUUCUUUCGAAAACAGGCAGGAGUUGGUCAACGCAGGCGCUGUUCCAGUUCUUGUCUCGUUGUUGUCCAGCGACGAUGCCGAUGUACAAUAUUACUGCACAACGGCGUUGUCAAACAUAGCCGUUGAUGAUCAAAACCGGAAAAAAUUGGCAGCAACUGAACCAAAAUUGGUUGGCCAGUUGGUUAGUUUGAUGGAUUCACCUUCCCCAAGAGUGCAAUGCCAGGCUACUCUUGCUUUGAGAAACUUGGCUUCAGACUCAGGCUAUCAAGUCGAUAUCGUGAGAGCAGGGGGUCUACCCUACUUAGUCCAGCUCUUGACUUGCAACCAUCAGCCACUAGCUCUUGCUGCUGUUGCUUGUAUCAGGAAUAUUUCCAUACAUCCAUUGAACGAAGCAUUAAUAAUUGACGCAGGAUUCUUAAAGCCAUUGGUCUCUUUGUUGGACUAUAGCGACCUGGAAGAGAUACAGUGUCAUGCAAUCUCAACAUUGAGAAAUUUGGCAGCAUCAAGUGAGAGAAAUAGAUUGGCGCUUUUGAAUGCUAAUGCUGUUGAAAAGUGCAAAGAGUUGGUGUUGAAGGCUCCAAUAAGUGUGCAACUGGAGAUCUCUGCUUGUUUCGCUAUUCUUGCCUUAGCUGAUGACCUCAAGCCAAAGCUUUAUGAAAGCCACAUUAUCGAUGUUUUGAUUCCUUUAACAUUCAGUGAAAAUGGUGAAGUGUGCGGAAAUUCAGCUGCUGCACUAGCUAACUUGUGUUCUCGCGUCUCAAACGAGCAUGAAAAAUAUAUUCUCGGUAACUGGACACAACCCAGUGAGGGUAUAUACGGGUUUUUGAUCAGGUUUUUACGAAGCGGAAAUGCUACCUUUGAGCAUAUUGCGUUAUGGACAAUCUUACAGUUAUUGGAAUCUAACAACAACGAGAUUCAGGCCUUGAUAAAAGAAAACGAGUCAAUUUUGUCUGGAAUCAAGAACUUAAGUGAAAACCAACAAAGCAUGAAUGUCAAAAACACCGCUGAGCUGGGCGAGUAUGAUGACCCCAUGAUUGAGUUGUUUAACUUGACACAACAAAUCUUACAAAUUUUGGGGUAA